CCACUCUGCAACCUGUUACUAGCAAGCGCCACUGCUCUGCUCACACGUCUCGCUUCUUCUUCCUACUUCUAUCUUCGUCACUUGCCUUAUCUCUCCUUUACCGGAGAUCCAUCCAUGUCGAAAGCGAGGCUCGAGCGCAUCCCCAGCCUGCGAGAGAGGGUGGAGGACACUCUCUCCGCCUACCGCAACGACCUAGUCUCCCUCCUCUCCAGGUACGUAAGCCAGGGGAAGGGAUUGCUGCAGCCCCACCACCUGGCCGACGCCCUCGCCGAACUCGGCGGCGACGCCGGGUCCAAUCUCUCCGACGGCCCGUUCUCCGAUAUCCUCAGAUCCGCGCAGGAAGCAAUCGUUCUUCCGCCAUUCGUGGCCAUUGCGGUUCGUCCUCGACCUGGCGUUUGGGAAUACGUCCGCGUCAACGUCCACGAACUCAUCGUCGAACAACUGAGUGUGUCUAAGUACCUUAAAUUUAAGGAAGAACUCGUAGACGGAAGCCAUGGUGAUGACUACACGCUGGAGCUGGACUUUGAACCCUUCAACGCAUCGUUCCCACGGCCGAGCUGGUCGUCGUCCAUUGGGAACGGGGUGCAGUUCCUGAACCGGCACCUCUCAUCCAGCAUGUUCCGUAACAAGGACUGCCUGGAGCCGCUGCUCGACUUCCUUCGGGCGCACAAGCACAAGGGACACGUGAUGAUGUUGAACGAUAGGGUACAGAGUUUAUCAAGGCUGCAGUCCGUUUUGGCGAAGGCCGAGGAGUAUUUGUCUAAGCUCCUGCCUGAGACUCCAUUCUCAGAGUUCACCCACAAGCUGCAAGAGUUGGGUUUGGAGAAAGGGUGGGGUGACACGGCUGGACAUGUUCUGGAAAUGAUUUACCUGCUUAUGGAUAUUCUUCAAGCUCCUGAUCCUUCGACUCUGGAGACAUUUCUAGGGAGGAUCCCGAUGGUGUUUAAUGUGGUAAUUUUAUCUCCCCAUGGUUACUUUGGCCAAGCAAAUGUAUUGGGCUUGCCAGACACUGGAGGACAGAUCGUCUAUAUACUAGAUCAAGUUCGUGCUUUGGAAAAUGAGAUGGUUUUGAGAAUCAAAAAGCAAGGGUUGGACAUUGAUCCUAAAAUCCUCAUAGUUACUAGGCUGAUUCCUGAUGCGAAAGGGACAACAUGCAAUCAGCGACUUGAAAGAGUCAGUGGAACACAACACACUCAAAUCUUGCGGGUUCCUUUCAGGACUAAGAAGGGGAUCCUUAAGAAGUGGAUAUCAAGGUUUGAUGUUUGGCCCUACUUGGAGAAGUUUGCCGAGGAUGCAAUAAGUGAAAUUGCUGCAGAGUUGCAUGGAACUCCGGAUCUAGUCAUAGGAAACUACAGUGACGGUAAUCUAGUCGCUUCUUUGCUAGCUUAUAAACUGGGAAUCACCCAGUGCAACAUUGCUCAUGCCCUAGAGAAGACAAAGUAUCCAGACUCAGAUAUAUAUUGGAAGAAAUACGAGGAGAAAUACCAUUUUUCAUGCCAGUUCACUGCUGAUUUACUUGCUAUGAAUAAUGCUGACUUCAUCAUCACCAGCACUUACCAGGAAAUUGCUGGAAGCAAAAACACAGUUGGGCAAUACGAAAGCCACAUUGCCUUCACUCUCCCUGAUCUAUAUCGUGUUGUCCAUGGAAUUGAUGUUUUCGAUCCCAAGUUCAAUAUCAUCUCCCCCGGAGCAGACAUGGCCAUUUAUUUUCCAUAUUCUGAUAAAGAGAGACGGCUUAUCUCCCUCCAUGGUUCAAUCGAAGAGCUAUUGUACAACCAAGAGCAAUGUGAUACACACAUUGGUUGGUUGGAUGAUCGAAGCAAGCCAAUUAUUUUCUCCAUGGCAAGACUUGACCGAGUGAAGAACAUAACGGGUCUGGUCGAGUUAUUUGCUAAAAAUGCAAAACUGAGAGAGCUGGCGAACCUUGUGGUGGUUGCUGGAUUCAAUGAUGCUAAGAAAUCCAAUGACAGAGAAGAAAUCCAAGAGAUUGAGAAGAUGCACCAACUUAUUGCAAACUAUAACUUGUUUGGCCAGUUCCGCUGGAUUUCUGCCCAAACCAAUCGGGCAAAGAAUGGGGAGUUGUAUCGCUACAUUGCCGAUUCUGGAGGUAUCUUCGUGCAGCCAGCAUUCUAUGAAGCUUUUGGUCUCACUGUCGUAGAGGCCAUGACUUGUGGCCUCCCAACCUUUGCUACUCGCCAUGGAGGUCCUGCAGAGAUUAUCGAACAUGGAGUAUCAGGUUUUCAUAUUGACCCCUACUACCCUGAUCAAGCUGCUACGUCCAUGGUUGACUUCUUCCAAAGCUGCAAGGCGGACUCGGGCAACUGGAAAAGAAUAUCCGAAGGAGGACUGAAACGAAUUCAAGAGAGGUAUACAUGGAAGAUCUAUUCAGAAAGAUUAAUGACACUCGCUGGGGUUUACGGCUUUUGGAAAUACGUUUCAAAGCUUGAAAGGCGUGAGACUCGACGAUAUCUCGAAAUGUUCUACAUACUGAAAUUUAGAGACUUGGCAAAAACUGUUCCCCUUGCUGUUGAUGACGAGUAAUUAAUACUGUAUGAAUUACAAAUAAAUAUUCGACUCUGCGAGCAAGAUUGAUUACUGAAGCUUUGGUUUCUUACACUAUCGUCUAGUGUGAUCCAAAUAAAGCUACUGCAAGAUGUAUCAGGUGAAGGUUCCUAGUUAUCGACUUAACAUCCACCAGCUGAUUUCGGAUCAGUUAUUGUAUGUAUAUGCAGGGUUGGCAACUUAGGUCAGGUUAGUGGAUUCGGGUUUAUGGGUUGGAACAUUAAAAUCUGAACUGAUUAAUAUUUUGGGUUAAAUUGUUCGACUUAAAUUUGACUUGGACUUGUUUAUAUGUAUUUGACCUGAAUCUGAUAUGAAAUGACUCAUAAUCUGAAUUCAACUCAAA